GGCCGCCCACACCGUGCCGCCAGAAGUAGUCGGUCCGCCUCCGAAGCCCUCAAACGCUACGAACCAUUGACGACUACUUUGCGAAAGAUAAAGACGGAUUAGCAAAGGCCAUUUGUUUUUUUUUUAAUUAAAGGAAGUUAAUAGAAGAAAUCGAAAAUGCCGAAACCAGCUGUACAGGAGGGAGACGAUCCCGAUCCAACGCCAUAUCUUUUUGUUACUUUGGAACAGAAGAGAAUCGACCAGUCUAAACCCUACGAUGCGAAGAAAGCUUGCUGGGUGCCAGAUGAGAAGGAAGGAUACCUUCUUGGAGAAAUUAAAGCGACGAAAGGAGAUGUUGUCUCUGUUGUCCUGCCAGGUGGUGAGACCAAAGACUACAAGAAGGAUCAACUGCAGCAGGUCAAUCCACCCAAAUACGAAAAAGCUGAGGAUAUGUCCAAUUUGACAUACCUCAAUGAUGCAUCUGUUCUUCAUAACUUGAAGCAGCGUUAUUAUCACAAACUCAUUUACACCUACUCCGGACUUUUCUGCGUAGCCAUCAAUCCUUACAAGAGGUUCCCCGUAUACACAUUCAGGUGUGCCAAGCUCUACCGUGGUAAGAGGCGUAGCGAAGUGCCACCCCACAUUUUCGCUAUCUCUGAUGGUGCCUACGUUAACAUGUUGACCAACAGCGAGAAUCAGUCUAUGUUGAUUACUGGUGAAUCUGGAGCUGGUAAGACUGAGAACACGAAAAAAGUAAUUGCGUACUUUGCCACCGUCGGUGCUUCAACAAAGAAGCCCGAAGAAGGCUCCAAGAAGAAGGGCUCUCUUGAGGACCAGGUUGUGCAGACCAAUCCUGUACUUGAGGCCUUCGGUAACGCCAAGACCGUCCGUAACGAUAACUCGUCACGUUUCGGUAAGUUCAUCCGUAUUCACUUCGGUCCAUCUGGAAAAUUGGCUGGUGCUGACAUUGAAACUUAUCUAUUGGAGAAGGCUCGUGUCAUCUCUCAACAGACAUUGGAGCGUUCUUACCACAUUUUCUACCAGAUGAUGUCCGGCUCCGUCAAGGGACUCAAGGACAUGUGUUUUUUGUCGAAUGACAUUUACGACUAUUACAACGUGAGCCAGGGAAAAAUCACAAUUCCAAAUGUCGACGACGGUGAAGAGUGUCUACUUACGGACGAAGCCUUCAAUGUACUCGGUUUCACCCAAGAGGAGAAGGACAACAUCUACAAGAUCACUGCUUCCGUCAUGCACAUGGGAGGAAUGAAAUUCAAACAGAGGGGUCGUGAAGAACAGGCGGAAGCCGAUGGCACCGAUGAAGGUGAUCGUGUUGCUAAGCUUCUUGGCGUCGACUGCCAAGACAUGUACAAGAAUCUGUUGAAGCCGAGAAUCAAGGUCGGUAACGAAUUCGUAACCCAGGGUCGUAACAAGGAUCAGGUUGCCUACUCAGUUGGUGCCAUGUCCAAGGCUAUGUUUGACAGAACAUUCAAGUGGCUCGUCAAGAAGUGUAACGAAACUCUAGACACCCAACAGAAGCGUCAGCACUUCAUCGGUGUACUGGAUAUUGCUGGCUUUGAGAUUUUCGACAAAAACAGUUUCGAGCAACUCUGUAUCAACUUUACGAACGAAAAAUUGCAACAGUACUUCAAUCACUUUAUGUUUGUACUCGAACAAGAGGAGUAUGAGAGGGAAGGUAUAAAAUGGACAUUCAUUGAUUUUGGUAUGGAUUUACAAGCCACCAUCAAUCUCAUUGAGAAGCCCAUGGGUAUCCUCUCAAUUCUUGAGGAAGAGUCUAUGUUCCCCAAAGCCACGGACAAGACAUUCGAGGAGAAAUUGAACAAUAACCAUCUUGGCAAGAGUCCUAACUUCCUCAAACCAAAACCACCAAAGCCUGGCCAACAAGCUGCUCAUUUCGCCAUUGGUCACUACGCCGGUAAUGUACCUUACAACAUUACUGGAUGGCUGGAGAAGAACAAGGAUCCGUUGAACGACACUGUUGUCGAUCAAUUCAAGAAAUCAACCAACAAACUGUUGGUUGAAAUCUUCGCUGAUCAUCCAGGCCAAUCUGGUGGUGGUGAUGCUAAAGGUGGACGUGGUAAGAAGGGAGGUGGUUUCUCAACUGUAUCAUCAUCAUACAAGGAGCAGUUGAACAACCUCAUGACAACAUUGAGAGCUACCCAACCCCACUUCGUCCGUUGUAUCAUUCCCAACGAAUUGAAACAACCUGGUGUCAUUGACUCUCAUCUUGUGAUGCACCAGCUGACUUGUAACGGUGUACUUGAGGGUAUCCGUAUUUGUCGUAAAGGUUUCCCCAACAGAAUGAACUACCCUGACUUCAAACUUCGGUACAAGAUAUUGGCACCAGCUGGAGUAGAUGCAGCGGGUGGUGAUCCAAAGAAGGCAGCUGCUGCUAUUUUGGAAUCAUCUGGUCUCGAUCCUGAUCAGUAUCGUCUUGGACACACCAAGGUAUUCUUCCGCGCUGGAGUCUUGGGUCAGAUGGAAGAACUUCGUGACGAGCGUCUCAGCAAGAUUGCUGCAUGGAUGCAGGCAUACAUCCGUGGUUACCUGGCACGUAAAGACUUUAAGAGACUCCAGGAGCAGCGUCUCGCUUUACAAGUUGUUCAACGCAACUUGCGCAGAUACCUCAAGCUUCGUACCUGGCCAUGGUGGAAACUGUGGCAGAAGGUCAGGCCACUUCUCAACGCCAGUCGUAUUGAGGACGAGUUGGCUGAACUCCAAGAGAAAUGCCGUGCUACAACGGAGGCCUUCGAACGUGAGGAGAAGGCACGAAAAGAAUUGGAAUCAUUGAACAGCAAAUUAUUAGCUGAAAAGACCGAUCUCCUCCGUCAAUUGGAGGGUGAAGCUGGAUCUCUCCAAGAAUACCAAGAGAAGGCUGUCAAAUUGGCCGCACAGAAAUUGGAUCUGGAGUCUCAACUUUUGGAUGUCAGCGAGAGACUACAACAAGAAGAAGAUGCCAGGAACAACCUCUUCCAGAAUAAGAAGAAAUUGGAACAGGAAGUAUCCGGACUCAAGAAAGAUGUUGAGGACCUCGAGUUGGCAAUUCAAAAAUCCGAGCAGGAUAAAGCAACCAAGGACCACCAAAUUAGAAAUUUGAAUGAUGAAAUUGCUCAUCAGGAUGAGCUUAUCAACAAAUUGAACAAGGAGAAGAAGAGCCAAGGUGAAUCCAAUCAGAAGACUGCUGAGGAGCUCCAGGCUGCUGAAGACAAGGUCAACCACCUCAACAAAGUUAAGGUUAAGCUUGAACAGACCCUCGACGAACUUGAAGAUACUCUUGAGCGCGAGAAGAAACUCCGUGCUGAUGUUGAGAAGGCGAAGAGAAAGACUGAGGGUGACCUUAAAUUGACCCAGGAAGCUGUUGCCGACCUCGAACGUAACAAGAAGGAACUUGAACAAACAAUUCAACGCAAAGACAAAGAAUUAUCGUCCCUCACUGCCAAACUCGAAGAUGAACAAGGACUCGUUGGAAAACUCCAGAAACAGAUCAAGGAAUUGCAACAACGUAUCGAAGAACUCGAGGAAGAAGUCGAGGCUGAGAGGCAAGCACGCGCCAAGGCUGAGAAACAGCGCAGCGACUUGGCAAGGGAACUUGAAGAACUUGGUGAACGUCUUGAGGAGGCUGGUGGUGCAACAUCUGCCCAGAUUGAGCUCAACAAGAAGAGAGAGGCCGAGCUCGCCAAGCUCCGCAGGGAUCUUGAGGAGGCCAACAUCCAGCACGAAUCAUCCCUCUCCAGUCUUAGGAAGAAGCACAACGAUGCCGUUGCUGAGAUGGGAGAACAGAUCGACACUCUCAAUAAACUGAAAGCUAGGAUUGAGAAAGAAAAGGUUCAGUACUUUACUGAGUUGAACGACCUUCGCGCAUCCGUUGACCACUUGAGCAAUGAGAAGGCUGCCCAAGAGAAGAUUGCCAAGCAGCUCCAACACCAGUUGAACGAGGCCCAGGGCAAGAUUGAGGAAUUGAACCGCACGGUGAACGAUUUCGAUGCUGCCAAGAAGAAGCUGUCAAUCGAAAACAGCGAUCUCCUCCGCCAGUUGGAAGAGGCCGAGUCUCAGGUGUCUCAACUGUCAAAGAUCAAGAUCUCCCUGACAACGCAACUCGAGGACACAAAACGUCUUGCCGACGAGGAGGGCCGCGAACGCGCUACACUCCUGGGCAAGUUCCGCAAUUUGGAGCACGAUUUGGACAACAUCAGGGAACAGGUAGAAGAGGAGGCCGAGGGCAAGGCAGAUCUCCAACGCCAGUUGAGCAAGGCAAACGCAGAAGCCCAACUCUGGCGCUCGAAGUACGAGUCGGAGGGUGUCGCCAGAGCAGAAGAGCUCGAGGAAGCUAAACGCAAGCUCCAAGCUCGUCUCGCUGAAGCUGAGGAGACCAUUGAGUCACUCAACCAGAAGGUUAUCGCUCUUGAGAAGACCAAGCAGCGUCUUGCUACUGAAGUUGAGGAUCUGCAGAUCGAGGUCGACAGAGCUACAGCUAUUGCCAAUGCCGCUGAGAAGAAACAGAAGGCAUUCGAUAAGAUCAUUGGAGAAUGGAAACUCAAGGUCGAUGAUCUCGCUGCAGAACUUGAUGCUAGCCAGAAGGAGUGCAGGAACUACUCCACCGAGUUGUUCCGUCUCAAGGGAGCAUACGAAGAAAGCCAAGAGCAGCUCGAGGCUGUACGCAGGGAGAACAAGAAUCUCGCUGAUGAAGUUAAGGAUCUUCUUGAUCAAAUUGGUGAGGGUGGAAGGAACAUCCACGAGGUUGAGAAGGCCAGGAAGCGUCUAGAGGCCGAGAAGGACGAGCUCCAGGCGGCUCUUGAGGAGGCUGAGGCUGCACUUGAGCAGGAGGAGAACAAGGUACUCCGUGCACAGCUCGAGCUUAGCCAGGUCAGGCAGGAGAUUGACCGUAGAAUCCAGGAGAAGGAGGAAGAAUUUGAGAACACCAGGAAGAAUCACCAGAGAGCACUUGACUCCAUGCAAGCAUCACUCGAGGCCGAGGCCAAGGGUAAGGCUGAGGCGCUCAGGAUGAAGAAGAAGCUCGAGGCUGAUAUUAAUGAACUCGAAAUUGCCCUGGACCACGCCAACAAGGCCAAUGCUGAGGCUCAGAAGAACAUCAAGAGAUAUCAGCAGCAACUCAAGGACGUUCAGACCGCACUUGAGGAGGAACAGAGAGCCAGGGAUGAGGCUAGGGAACUCCUUGGAAUCUCUGAACGCAGAGCAAAUGCCCUUCAGAAUGAACUCGAGGAAAGCCGCACUCUCCUUGAACAGGCUGAUCGUGCACGCAGACAGGCUGAACAGGAGUGUGCUGACGCCCAUGAACAGCUCAAUGACAUCAGCGCUCAGAAUGCAUCCAUUUCAGCUGCCAAGAGGAAAUUGGAGGCUGAAUUACAGACCCUUCACUCUGACCUCGAUGAACUUCUCAAUGAGGCCAAGAACUCCGAAGAGAAGGCAAAGAAGGCAAUGGUUGACGCAGCUAGAUUGGCUGAUGAGCUUAGAGCUGAACAAGAUCAUGCUCAGACGCAAGAGAAACUGCGUAAAGCACUUGAGGCCCAGAUCAAGGAACUUCAAGUACGUUUGGAUGAGGCCGAGGCCAACGCACUCAAGGGUGGCAAGAAAGCCAUUCAGAAAUUGGAGCAACGCGUCAGGGAACUUGAGAACGAGCUUGAUGGAGAACAGAGGAGACACGCCGAUGCACAGAAGAAUCUGCGCAAGGCCGAGCGUCGUAUUAAGGAGCUCAGCUUCCAGGCUGACGAGGACCGCAAGAACCACGAGCGCAUGCAAGACCUCGUUGACAAACUGCAACAGAAAAUCAAGACGUACAAGAGGCAGAUCGAGGAGGCUGAAGAAAUUGCAGCACUCAAUCUUGCUAAAUUCCGCAAGGCACAGCAAGAACUUGAGGAGGCCGAAGAGAGAGCAGACCUCGCUGAACAGGCAAUCACAAAGUUCCGUACUAAGGGAGGACGUGGAGGUAGCCAAGCACGUGGUCUUAGCCCAGCGCCACACAGACCAGCUUUCAAAACCCCAUUCGAUGGUUCCUCAUUCCCGCCAAGGUUCGAUCUACAGCCUGACGGUGAUUUUUAAAGCGCCUACCAUCCCACUUAUCAUCACUAAUAAAAUUCAACAUCAUAUUCCUCAAGAGUAUCACAAAACAUUCACUGAUGCUUUAUCAACGAUGAAUCAUUUAUCCAAUAAUUUAAUAGGAUUUUGCACUUGUUUAUUACUUUUCAUUGGGUACAGUUUGAGCCUUAUGUCUUCGACUAUCAGUUUUAUGAAUUUUAUUCCUAUAAUAUCCAUCAAUA